CCAUCCGAGUACCGAGGUACUUGGAAGUUGGUUUGUGUACUUGCAUUUAAAUAUGCAAUAGUUCUGGCGCGGAGAACUAGUCUAAUUGUAACCGUAGAACAGAUCGGGAACAUCCGCGAUGCCACAGUAGAACUUUGGUUUAGGAUUGUAUAGAAGAAUCAGGAUAAUGGCAGCGUUGUUUAGAGUGCUGUUAGGGAUAGUUUGUUCGUUGUGGGGAAGUUUCCUGCUGGUGCAAGGACAGGACAGUAUUUUAUCGGUUUUCGAGUUUCUGCAGGAUGGAGGGGAGAGGUUGAAUAAGGAGCUGCCUAAUUUAGUGGACGUUAAGGAAGAGUACGACUUUGUGAUUGUGGGUGCAGGUUCAGCUGGCUGCACUUUGGCAGCAAGGCUUUCGGAAAUCAAUGAUUGGAGUGUUUUGCUUAUCGAAGCCGGCUCAAAUGAAAACUUGCUCAUGGACGUUCCGAUGUUCGUGCAUUAUCUGCAGAGCUAUGACGUGAACUGGGAUUAUAGGACAAAACCGAGUGAUCAAUACUGUUUGGCUUUUAAAAAUAAUCAGUGCCGAUUUCCGCGGGGCAAGGUCAUGGGAGGUUCAAGUGUUCUCAACUAUAUGAUCUACACGAGAGGAAAUAAAAGGGAUUUCGACAGCUGGGCAGCUGCCGGAAACGAGGGAUGGAGCUUCAAGGAUGUGAUGCCUUAUUUCCAGAAAUUGGAGCAUAGCGUGGUUCCUGAUGCUUAUCCCGGAUAUGCGGGGAAGGAUGGUCCUGUGUCGGUUUCCUAUAUUCCAUACAAAUCAACAAUAGCUAAAGCGUUCGUGGAAGCUGCCGUUGAGUCUGGAGUUCCUUACGUUGAUUAUAAUGGACCAAAUCAGAUAGGAGUAUCUUUUAUUCAGAGCACAACAAGAAACGGAUACCGUGAUAGUACCAAUGCUGCCUAUCUAUACCCUAUUAGGAACAGGACGAAUCUCCACGUGAAAAAGAAGAGUCAAGUAACGAAAAUUAUUAUUGACGAAAAUUCUAAGCGUGCCAUAGGAGUGAAGUUUUACUACAAUCGCAAAUAUUACACAGUGAAAGCCCGAAACGAAGUGAUUAUUUCAGCUGGUGCCAUAGGAUCCCCACACCUUCUACUACUCUCAGGAGUAGGUCCCAAAAAGCAUCUCCAGGACAAAGGCGUUAAGCCUAUAGUAGACCUUCCAGUGGGAUACAAUUUCCAGGAUCACACAGCGGCAGGAGCUCUAACAUUCCUUGUCAAUAAAACAUCCAGCAUGAUGCUCGAGCGAACUCUUUCGGUGGAAAAUUUCAUGAACUAUCAGGUGAAUCACAACGGCCCUUUCACAUCUAUCGGAGGCUGCGAAACAAUCGGCUUCUACGAUUCGGAACAUCCAGACGAUGCAGAUGGGUGGCCCGAUUUUGAACUGCUCCAAAUCAGUGGAACCAUGGCCGGAGAUCCAGCCUUCGAGCACAACUUCAACUUCAAGCACGAAACCUUCCAGAAAAUGUUCGGAGAAGUGCAACGUAAAAGCAUCAGUGGCUUCACCGUUUUCCCGAUGAUUCUGAGACCCAGAAGCAGCGGCCGCAUUUCUCUCAAAAAUUCCAACCCCUUCCGAUAUCCGGUAAUCGAGCCGAAUUACUUCUCGGACCCAUACGAUCUGGAAAUUUCAGUAAGAGCCAUCCGGAAAGCCCAACAAAUCGUCAAUCAACCAGCCAUGCAGCGCUUCAAUGCCCAUCUACUGCCAAAUCCAAUGCCCGGAUGUGAACAGCACCAGUUCGAUUCCGAUGAGUACUGGAAAUGUUUCACCCGGUACGCGACCUACACCAUCUAUCAUCAUGUGGGGACCUGCAAAAUGGGACCCCGCAAGGACCCCACGGCCGUGGUUGAUCACCGGUUACGGGUUCACGGGAUGCAAGGCCUCCGGGUGGUGGACGCCAGCAUUAUGCCAAGUGUCCCGGCCGGGCACACUAAUGCCCCGACCAUAAUGAUCGCGGAAAAGGCCGCCGAUAUGAUCAAAGAGGACUGGAAUAUGGUGCGUCGUCGAUAGGAGUCGAUGGGAUCAAUCCAAAGGUGUUGGUGGUAAAGUCGAGCGACGGUGCAUAAACUUAAACCUUAUUGUGAUAGGUUCAUAGAACAAGACUGCUUUAAUAAAUUAGUAAUUUUCUAGAUUA